AUGAGCUCUACUGUUUGGUGUGAAGGAGCUGAGAAGACACGAGUUCUCAUUGCCCCAGAUUCAGGUUGCGGCGGAAACAAACCCGGUGAACUAUUAACGCUUCGACAUCCAAAAUCGGAAAAUGGAACAUGUUACCUUUUUAAUAAUGGGAUGCUUCAAGAACUUCAAUGGUUUAAGCAAUCAUAUGGUUCUUGGUUCCUGGGAGAUUACAUUUCUCAAGAUGGAAGCUUAUAUAUGGCGACUCCAGUUGAUCCUGUUUUCAUCUUAUUGCCUAUUUUCGACGAAGCGAGAAUGAAGAAAGGUGAAGAUCCUGGAAAGUUCAGGCAAGUGGAUGAGAUUUUAUUUGUGGAAGGAUAUCCUGGAUAUCAACUUUUGUUAUCACUUGCAGAAAAGUGCAUGGAUGUUGUUUGUCAAACUCAAGAGGUUGGAUCUAUGAAAUUUUAUCGGCUUGAUAACUCAAAGGUUUUAGCCUGGUUAAGUUGCAAGGUUUGCUGUUUAAAGAAGACUCUUCCGGAAUUGGACAAGAACUAUGCAGCUCAAGAUGAGAAACAAACAUUGGUAGAUGCAGUUUCGAUUGUGGGAGAGUACGUGAAGACAGAUCCUUGGUUGAAGCUCCUCUAUGAUCAUCUUGGACUGGAGUUCGUUGACCCAACGACGAAAGAAACCAAUAUGGAGAAUCUUCCAUCUCCAAAUGAGAAUUACAUGGAACCCUCAAAUUCUUUACAGGAGAAAACAAAUAAGAAGCAAGGAAAAUCUGGAAAACAGACAAAGCAAGCAAAAAUAGAGACUGGAUCAAAGAACAUAAGGGAUAUGUUUUCAAGAGCUUGCAAGAAAAAGUGUUGA